AUGGCCGAUCCAACGCCCGUCGGAGCCGCAAUCGAGCUGCCAAUACUCGACAUUUCCAACCCCGAGGAUCCCGCCGUCGGCAAGGCUAUGCUGGACGCUGCUACGAAGUACGGCUUUCUCUAUGUAGACAGCAAAGGGACCGACUUUACCGCUGAAGAUGUGCGCAAAGCGUUUGAACGGUCGAAGAAAUUCUUUGCUUCGCCUGUAGAGGAGAAGGAGCCCUGUCGUAUUCAGUCGAAUAACCGCGGUUGGUCUGGAAUGCACUCUGAGACUCUAGAUCCUGAGCAUCAGCGGACGGGCGACUUCAAAGAAAGACCUAUAAGAGCUUUCAAUUUCGGGGAAUUUACCACGGAGGGCAAAGCCCAACAACUCCUCCCGCCAGCACUCGCCCCCCACGAGACUGAAAUCGGCAACUUUGCAUCUCUCUGCACCAAGACCUGCAACCGCAUCCUCAGCCUGUUAUCCCUUGGGCUCGAAAUCUCCCCCGCAUUCUUCACAACCCGGCACGACCCCACCAAAGGCUCGACAGGCUGCAUCCUCCGAUACCUGUACUACCCAUCCAUAUCAGCUCCCCAAACCGCAGAGUACGACCAUGCCGUUGAUGUGCGCGCCGGCGCACACUCCGAUUACGGGAGCAUCACACUGCUAUUCCAGAGACCCGGGCAACCUGGGCUGGAGAUCCUCACGCCUGAGGGAACAUGGGCACCUGUUGCUGUGGAGCCCGGGAAGCCAGCUCAGGGCCAGGACCAGAAUGACGCGAAUGGUGAAUUUGCAUUCCCUCCUAUCUUGGUGAACAUCGGCGACCUGCUCAGCUACUGGACGGACGGACUACUGAAGUCAACGGUGCACAGGGUUGUGUUUCCGGCGUCGGAGCGGACGGGGAAUAGCUCGCAGGAUCGGUACAGUAUUGUGUUCUUUUGCCAUCCCGUAGAUUCGACGGAGUUGGUUCCUGUGCCUAGUGAGGUGGUGAAGGCUUAUCGGGAGGCGAAGGGCGCGAAGGCGGAGGAGCAGGUGGGAUUUGGAGGUGGAGCUGGAGGUCUUGAACCUGGCAAGAGGGCGCUCACGGCGGCGGAGCAUCUUGCGAUGCGGUUGAAUGCGACGUACGACUUUAGGCAGGAGGCAACUACUGCAGGUGCGUAG